AUGGGCAAUGGAAACCAUCCUACAGCAGUCGGGGGAAUUAUUCAGGCGACUAGACAACUGUCUUCCGGCCAGCAAGAGAUGAAUUUUACGGCUGUGAGACGAGGAGGUAACCAGGCUGCGCAUGCACGUUGUGAGUUGGGGUUGGGCAGAGGGCACUCUGUUUUUCAAUCUGGCAAAACCUGUUCUGCGUUGAUGCUCCUCAAACAAACAUAGGCAAAAUUAGUUGAUUUUCCCCCCCAACCUAUGAGGAGCCUUCCGUCCGCUCUCAAGACUUGGAAUCAAAAUGUUCCAAAAGUUCUCCUUCCUCUUUCCCUCCUCUCAAACCCUAAUAAAUGCUUCUCGGAAUUUAUCAAACACCCAAGCCACUUCAAUUGUAUUCUAUCUUAUGCCAUUGCUUCUGGUCUCUAUAAAGACCCCUUCAUAUCAAGCAAACUCCUUUACUACUCUUUCUCUAUCUGUCGUAAUUUAUCCUUUUCUCGCUCCCUUUUCUUCCAAAUUCAAAACCCAAAUAUCUUUGCCUAUAAUUUCAUGAUUAAAGCCCAUUCUCAGAGCUCAACCCCUAUAGAAUCCAUCAUUCUGUAUAAUUUAAUGCUGAGGAAUGGCAUUUUCCCUGAUAACUACACUUUUCCCUUUAUUCUUAAGGCCUGUGGGCAUCUAUUGCUUUUGAAUAAAGGUCAGGAAGUGCAUGCUUUGAGCCUUAAACUGGGCCUUGAAUAUGAUAUUUUUGUUCAAAAUUCUUUGAUUUCAAUGUAUUCGUCGUGUCGCAAAAUUGAAAUAGCACGUGGAGUUUUUUAUUUGGUUCCAAUUUUUAUCAGGGAUGUGGUCUCUUGGAAUAGUAUGAUGUCUGGGUAUGUACAGUGUGAUUGUAGUGGGGAAGCAUUGAAGCUGUUUGGGAAUUUGCUGGGUGAAAACUGUGCGAGAUUUGAUGAGGUUACGUUGAUUAAUGCACUCACUGCUUCUGGAAGGAUGGGAUUUCUUGAUUUAGGGAAAGAACUUCAUGGAUUGAUUAUAGUAAAUAGUUUUGUUUUAGAUGUUUUUUUGGGUUCGUCUUUGAUUGAUAUGUAUGCAAAAUGCGGGAAAAUGGAGGAUGCCAGGAAGGUUUUUGCUAAAAUUCCUGAUAGAAAUCUGGUGUGCUGGACUUCUAUGAUUGUAGGUUAUGUGAGGUUGGAUAUGUUUAAGGAAGCAAUAGAGUUGUUUAGGGAAAUACAACUUGCCAAGGUUGUUGCAGAUGCAGCAUUGGCUGCUUCUGUUAUUUCUGCGUGUGGACAUAUGGGAGCACUGGAACAGGGAAGAUGGCUGCAUGCGUACUGUGAAAGGAAUGGUAUUGACAUGAACCUCUCUGUGAGGAAUGCCUUGAUAGAUAUGUAUUCAAAAUGUGGAGAAAUUGAAAAGGCUUGCCAGAUUUUCAAUGAGAUGGUUAAUAGAGAUGUAUUUUCAUGGACCUCAAUGAUUUCUGGGCUUGCCAUGAAUGGGAAAUCUGAUGAAGCAUUGGACCUGUUUGCUCAGAUGGAAAUGUCAAGUGAUGUUAAGCCAAAUGAGGUUACGUUCCUCGGUGUCUUGUCUGCUUGUAGUCAUGGUGGUUUUGUGGUUAAGGGAUUUCACUAUUUUAAAGCCAUGAGUCUUAUUCAUCAUAUUAAGCCACGUAUUGAACAUUAUGGAUGUAUGGUUGAUCUUCUUGGCCGUGCUAACUUAAUGGUUGAGGCUGAAAAUUUCAUCAGGGCAAUGCCUGUUGAACCUGAUGUGGUGACAUGGCGAUCCCUGCUGUUUGCUUGUAGAAGUCAUGGGAAUGCAGAACUAGCAGAGCUUGCAAUCAACAAAAUCGAGGAAUUGGAGCCAAGAAGGUCUGAGGCACAUGUUCUGUUGUCCCAUGUAUAUGCUUCAGCUUCAAGGUGGGGUGAUGUGAACAAAGUGCGGAAGUGUAUGGCUCGUCAGAAAAUACAGAAGAACCCUGGUUGCUCAUUUGUUGAAAUAAAUGGUCUUGUUCAUGAGUUCUUUGCUGAAGAUAAAUCAUAUAAUCAAAUCAAUGUCUUAUAUGAGACAAAUAUGCAAAUUCAUAAAGUUUUACAAUCAGAGGGACUUGAGUCAGACUUGUUGGACCAUCAGCAACAAUGAAAUUUAAAGCAUUUGGAUUUUGAUAAUUUGGUUUCCUGAACUGCAUUGACGAUGGAGCUUUAGAAAUAGAAGGUUUAGUUAUCUGAGGAAGUGAAUCGCAACAAGGCAGGCUGAGAAUGCCCCUCAGGGCUCAGAGUAUUUGAGGUCUAAAAUUUGAAACUAUUUCGAGCAAAAAUCUUUGUAUUUACGUUUCCUUAUGGCAUUGGGUUUUAGCUGAAGUGCUAUGGAUAAAUGGUAACAUGAUGUGUUACUUUAACAAAUAAACCAAGUGGCGUGAGUUGGGGAUGAAAGUUUGAGCAUUCGAAGUUGAAUGCAGGAUCACAUGAAAUUGUCCGAAGCUGUUUAUUAGGAGCAAAGCAGUCCUGAGAUUGGAGUUAACUGGACAAUGAGAAACCAAGCUAGAACUUCAAAAGCUUGGCCUUUUUAUAGGGUAGAUGGUGCCAUGGAAGCGUCCUGGUGCAGAAGCCCUUUACGGGAUUAUAGUGAAGGCAUUUUUACCUAAGCCGUAAGACAUCAUAUUCGGUGGAGUGUGGAGGGCUAAUGUGUUUCAAUCCUAAUUUCCCCUGGAGUUGGUAUAACUCAUAAUCGGCUCUAAUCAAUGGGAAGCCACUGGUGUAAUUUAGUUUGAAGCCCACGGAAGCAUUGCAGCAUCCUUGCAUUAUUGAACCCCCAAGUUGGGACUUAUUUGAGAUAAUAGAGGGAGCGUCGGUUUACCUACAAGUGCAUGAAAUUGAGGGCUGUUCAUGCUUCUAUGAUCUGAGAAAGUUUGAAUUCAGUGCAGCUGUCUUGUGUCAACUCGGUGAGGUCUGCAGCUAACAUCAUAACACAGAUGACUUUCAAGUGCUAAAUAACUGCUACUUUAAUUGUUCAUUGGUUUUCCAGUUCCUCUUGAUAUUUACGUUUACAAAAGGAAUACUCGAGUCUUUUUGAUGAAGUGAACUAGCCUUCCCACUCGGUCUUUUUAAUUA